GCGUGUUGGUCUUCAUGCUAUUAUUGACCAACAUGUACCGAACGACUCCAAAUAUUUUUUUUUGUUUCUAGCUAGCUCGUCUACUUCAACCAACACCCCGUGCUUAAUGGGAUCCGCUUUCAAGGUAGCCAUAACUGCUCCAACUGUUUUCUUCUUAUUUGCUGCUACUCCAACUACAAAACCCUAUUCAGAUUCUCUUUUCCAAUCCCUACAAAUCCAACCCCACCCACCCCCACAUGGCCACAUGCACUUGAUUCCCAAACCCUCUCUGGGUUUUCUUAUUUAACCCCCCAAAACCAAAACCCACUUGUUAGAUCCAACUCUCUCUCUUUCUCUCUCUCUGCAUCAUGGAGCUUUGUUCAUUGGAACACCUCAAAUCCCAGCCCAUUUGGCUCCUCCUCCUACUUUCCCUCGGUUCUCUAUCACUAUCCAAAUGUACUUUCGCUUUUCUGAAAUGGGUCUACAUCAAUUUCCUCAGACCCCCCAAGAACCUCAAGAAAUACGGAUCUUGGGCACUUGUCACCGGACCCACCGACGGCAUUGGAAAAGGGUUCGCCUUUCAGUUAGCUAAAAAGGGUCUCAAUUUAGUUCUCGUGGGUCGAAACCCAGAUAAGCUUAAGGAUGUCUCUGACUCGAUUUCAGCGAAAUUCGGUCAAACCCAGAUCAGGACAGUGAUCGUUGACUUCUCUGGUGAUUUGAACCAAGGGGUUGAUAGGAUUAGAGAAACUAUUGAUGGGUUAGAUGUUGGGAUUUUGAUUAAUAAUGUUGGGGUCUCUUAUCCGUACGCGAGGUUUGUUCAUGAGGUGGACGAGAAGUUGUUGGCGGAUUUGAUUAAGGUUAAUGUUGAAGGGACUACCAAGGUUACUCAAGCUGUUUUGCCUGGAAUGAUUAAGAGGAAGAAAGGUGCGAUUGUGAACAUCGGUUCGGGUGCUGCCAUUGUGAUCCCUUCUGAUCCUCUUUACGCCGUUUAUGCCGCCACCAAAGCAUACAUAGAUCAAUUCUCAAGGUCCCUUUAUGUGGAGUACAAGAAGAGUGGGAUCGAUGUGCAGUGUCAGGUUCCCUUGUAUGUGGCAACGAAGAUGGCAUCCAUCAGAAGGUCCUCCUUCUUCGUUCCAUCAACAGACGGAUAUGCUAAGGCAGGCUUGCAAUGGAUAGGGUAUGAACCACGUUGCACGCCUUACUGGCCCCAUUCUCUUCUGUGGGGGUUGGCCAACUCGUUGCCAGAGUCCAUUAUCGAUGCUUGGCGUCUGCGGUUCUGCCUGGCAAUCCGAAAGAGGGGACAACUCAAGGACUCUAGGAAGAAGGAAUAGACACGCACGGCACACCAUUCUUUUCUCUCUCUAUUUAUCUCUUCUUUCUUUCUAUCCUGUUUGUGAGGAUUUGGCCAUUUGGAUUUCUUUGUGGCAGGAUCUUAGUAGUUCUGUUCAAUCUAGUUGGUUGUCUUCUAAAGUAAUUUUUUUUUUUUUUUUGAGUUUUAUAUCAUGGGGUCUUAAGUGUGCAGUAGUACUGUACAACUCAUGUUGCAGAAAUGUGAAUGAAUACUACAAAGAAUGCCAAGAACUUGAUUUCCAAA